AUGAACAAAAACAAUGGAAGUUCCAUGACAGACUUCAUCCUGCUGGGGUUUUCUGAUCGGCCCCAAUUAGAACACAUCAUCUCUGGGGUUGUCUUCAUCUUCUAUAUUGUGACUCUGGUAGGAAACACAACCAUCAUCCUUGUAUCUAACCUAGACAGCCAGCUCCAUACUCCCAUGUAUUUCUUCCUAUCCAAUUUGUCUUUUCUGGACCUCUGUUAUGCAACUAGCAUUAUCCCACAGAUGCUGGUAAAUCUAUGGGGUCCAACAAAGUCUAUUACCUACGGAGGGUGUGUGCUCCAAUUCUUCUUUGCCCUUGACUUGGGAGCCACAGAAUGUCUUCUCUUGGCUGUGAUGGCCUAUGAUCGCUACGCUGCUGUCUGUCAACCUCUUCACUACACAGUAGUAAUGCACCCUCAGCUUUGCCAAAAGAUGGUGCUUGUCGCCUGGUUAGGUGGUCUUGGCAGUGCCUUAACCGUUUGCUCCUUGACUUUGAAGUUGCCAAGAUGUGGGCACCGGGAGGUAAAUAAUUUUAUCUGUGAGAUGCCAGCCUUGCUCAAGUUGGCUUGUGUCUACUCAAAAGUAAUUGAGGUCAUUGUCUAUGCUCUUGGAGUGAUAUUUCUUCUAGCACCUUUAUCAUUAAUUCUCAUCUCAUAUGCAAUUAUCACUCAAGCUGUCAUGAAGAUCAAGUCAACAGCAAGGUGGCGUAAGGUCCUUAAUACAUGCGGUUCCCACCUCACAGUAGUAACUCUGUUUUAUGGAACAAUCAUUUAUACGUACAUGAAGCCACAGAAUAGCACAUCUGAAGAUGAGGGGAAGUUCCUCACUCUCUUUUACACAAUCGUCACACCCACCCUUAACCCUCUGAUCUACACUUUAAGAAACAAGGAUGUGAAGAGUGCAGUAAAAAGAAUACUGUAUGUGAGAAAAUGGUCAGCAAAGUCAUGA